AUGGCUACGUCUGUUGAUGGUAAGGAGAAGACGGCCGUUGCGUAUGCUGCUUCGCCCGAGGAGAGCGAUGUCGAGAGUAGUGUGGCGUUGCCGCCUGUGAGGGUUGAUGCGGAGGGGAAGCCCAAGAUUCCUUGGUGGGCGUAUAUUUGGGACUAUGAGCCUGGGCGGUCGAAGGAAGAAACAGCAUUCAUCCAACGCCUCGAUGUCUCCGUCCUCAUCAUCCUCUCACUUGGAUACUUCAUCAAAAACCUUGACCAAACCAACAUCGCCAACGCCUACGUCUCCGGCAUGAAAGAAGCCCUGCACAUGGACACGGACCAAAUCAACCUCGUCGACACCGCCUGGACAGUCGGCUACGUCGUCGGCCAGAUUCCCUCCCAGAUCCUGCUCACCAAAAUACGCCCCAGCUAUUGGAUUCCGUUCUGCGAAAUGAUAUGGACUGUUUUAACGUUCUGUCUCGCCGCCGCCAAGACUUCGAACCACGUUAUCGCUAUCCGCUUUUUUGUUGGUCUGGCGGAGAGUAUCUUCUAUCCUGCUGCGCACAUGAUCCUCGGCAGCUGGUACAAACCCUCCGAGCUGGCCAAACGAGCCUGUAUCUUCCACGCUUCGUCCGCGCUGGCGUCGAUGUUCUCUGGGUACCUCCAAGCGGGCGUGUACAAAGGCCUCAACGGCGUUCGGGGUAUGGAAGGAUGGCAGUGGCUUUUCAUCAUGGACGGGGUUAUUUCCGCCCCGAUCGCCCUUGCGGGAGUAUUCAUGAUCCCCGACUUGCCUGAGAAUUCGAGAGCGUGGUACUUGCGCAAAGACCAGAUCGCCCUGGCACAGAAGAGGAUGGAUAUCGUGGGACGGGCGAAGAGGAAGGGGUUGGGCUGGGAUGCGUGGAAACGCAUCUUUGGAAGAUGGCAUGUUUAUUUAUUGUGCAUUUUGUACAUCAUUUUCAUCAAUACGGGCCCCUCCUCCUCCAUCAACCCCCUCUCCCUCUGGCUCAAAUCCCAAAACUACUCCAUCCCCCUCGUCAACAUCAUCCCCACCUCGCAAUCCGCCGUCCAGGCCGUCACGACCGUCCUCUUCGCCAUCGCAUCGGAUUACUUCCGGAAUCGCCCAGCAAUAAUGUCCUUCUCCACCUUCUGGGGCUUCUUCUGCUCCCUCAUCCUCGCCAUAUGGCUCGUCCCGAGCGGCCUCAAAUGGUUCGCCUUCGAAAUGUACCGGGCGAGCGUCCCCUACGGCCCCAUCAGCAUGUCGUGGGCCAACGAAAUCUGCACCUCCGACGCCGAAGAACGCACCAUCGUCCUCGGCCUCAUGAACUCUCUCGGCUACGCCUUCAACGCCUGGGUGCCGAUCCUGACCUACCCGGCGAGUGACAGUCCGCGAUUCCGGAAGGGGUUUGUGUUCUCGACGGUGGCGUUUGUGGCGCAGUUUGGGAUUACGGGGGUGGUGUGGUGGAUGCAUAGAAGGGAUCAGAGGAGGAAGGGACGAAAGGGGGAUGAUACUGUUGUCGAAGGGGGGGAGGAGAGUGUGAUACAAUACAAUGCCCUCCCAAAGAAGUGUUCUUCCCUCGAUGGCUAG